AUGGUGCAAAGGCCCGAAAUGGCUGGUAAAAGAAAAAAAAUAGCCAAUUUAGAAUUUAGAAAGAAAAAAAAUGGCCAAUGGAAAUUUAGAUAUGCUGGUGAGGACGAAUUCAGUAGUGCUAUUAUGGCAACAUCUACGAAAUUCAUAGAUGCGAGCCGAAGAGCAACCCUGUGGGUUCUCAAAUUUAUCAAGCUAAUUCUCAAGGAAGAAAUAACAUGGUUGCAAUCGAUGUCUACUGAUAAAGAUCGUAUGGCCAAAGCCAACUAUGAUGUAACAGAGUGGAUAUUAAUAAAACAAGCACGAUGA